AGUUAUUGGCAGUUACAGGUUGGUGGAAUAGUUAUUGGCAGUUACAGGUUGGCACUGAAAAAUUGUCUUGUCACCAAUGAGACUACUUCGAAUGAGACAUAAGUCUGGUGGGAGUGAUAAGAGUGGAUUGAAGUUCUCUAAAAAGGAUUCUAAGAUAAAGAGAUUGGGUGAAGGCAUUUCUGGUUCAGUGGACUUGUAUAAACUGAAAAAAAUUGCUGGGUUUACUUACGUUGUUAAAACGUAUCAUUGUAAAGAAGGAUAUGAAUCCAAUAAGGAAUACCAUGCUCGGGUUCUUCACGAAUACCAAGUGCUUAGUCAAAUUGAUAACAUAAACUUCAUAAAAGUUUAUAAGUAUUCGGUGUCGUUCAAUGGUUUAAAUGUUAAGAUUUUUAUGCAAACCGGUAGUGAUAACUUAUUCAAUUUAUUGAGACGAAAUACGAUUGAACCAACCGAAAACUUAUGUUUAUGGAAACAAAUAUGUAACGGAGUGAGAUACUUGCAUGCUAACCACUUAUGCCAUCGAGAUUUGAAACUAGAAAAUAUAGUGGUUGAUAAGAAUGGGUUCGUUAAAAUAAUCGAUAUGGCUACCUGCACUUCCACAAGCGAUAAGUCAAUCGGCGUAGUAGGGUCAGACCAUUAUAUCUCUCCUGAAACCAUUACCUCCAUCUAUUACGAUGGUGGCAAAUCCGAUAUUUGGUCAAUUGGUAUCAUGUUAUACUAUCAAUUGAAUCAUAAGUUUCCUUGGAAAUCAGCCAGAUUAUCAGACUCAACUUAUGUUGCAUUCAAACAAAACAACCAUUUGGUAGAUACUUGCAAUCUACCUGAUCCAAUCAUGAAUAGUGAAAAUCAAGAAGUUGGUAUUGAGUCAGUAUUGAGAAACUUACCUCGCGAGUCAAUUCCUUUGCUAAGUCAUAUUUUUCAAAUUGAUCCUACAACCAGAUGUAGUAUCGACUUUUUUUACAACGACAAUUGGUUUGAUGCAGUUGCUUCUUGUACUGAAUCAUCCCGUUGCUCCUUUGAUCACUCCAGACUCGUACUGGUGUAAUUAUAUAAUUUUGCAUCUAUAUAUUCGCAUUAGUAUAAAUUUUAAAGUUUUUUGGCAUUUUCAACAAAAAACUGGGUGAAUUCCCC